AUGCCCGUGGAGCGGCAGUCGCCACCGACUGUGACACCCGGCUGCACACGUCGACGGCUGAUGCCGGCGCGUGCCGGAGCCGAUCUCAGAGCAUUGCUACCUGAGCGAGAUCAGUUGCCGCCUUCUGAGCCCAUCGACAAAAAUGAUGAUCGACACGAAUCGCCGGCAGCGAAUGCUACGUACUUUGGAAAUGCCGCAGCCCGAUGCCCGACCAGCGCGUUGCGGAUUCUCGACGAGCUGAGCGCCGCCAUUGGUACAUGUCGGUUGAAAGAGCCGAUGCAGCGUGUCCAUCCGAGCACGAUCGCGCGACGGCCUCGUGUCGUACUCGACGAGUUACAGCCGCAACCUGCUUUCAGCGCGAGCGCCGGAAGCCUGUACAGGGCAGAACAUGCAAAGAAUUCCGAUAAGAGUUCGUCAGAGAUCAGAGGAACCCAUCUAAUACAAUAUAAAGAAACCGGCGCCUGCCUUCACAAUGAUUGCUCGAUCCGCACGGCUUCAAAGACGCCAGCCGUCAAAGCCGGUGUGCUGGAAUCGCCUGCUAGCCUACGCGCCAACGUCGAGGGUGAUAUGCGGGUCGCCCACCGAUUGCGCGCCGCAGAGCGCUGCUAUCCGAUCAGCGUACGAUCGGCAGUCCUUCGUGAAUCAGGUCAUGAAAAGCUGCGCCGCGUGAUGGGAGUCUCAGGUCAUCCGCAGCGCCCCGAGGGAUUCGGGGCCCCGUACUUCCUGAUGACGUUACCUUCACCAUUCACCAUCAGCGGCCGAAAUGCUAUUGCCCGCCGCGUCAACGAGCCACCGAGCGCUCCGGUCGAAAUCUCCGUGAAGCGGCCUGGCUACGUGGUCAACAUCGGGGUCGAUUGUGCCUGGCUUCGCCGCCAAGUACUCGGCAGCAUGUUGAGCAGAAUAGCCGAGCGUCUCGAGCUCCGAGGAUCACCUACAGCAUCGGCUCACGUUAACACCGAAGCUGUCGACGUUAGCGGCGUUAGUCAC